GCUCGGCUGCCUCGGUGUUUGCUGUCAGUCGGGGAGAAGCGGAGCGAUGUGAGGCGUCUGACAGCGGGACUGAAAGGACAGACUGGGUUUAAAAUCAGACCGGACCCCUCUGGAAUGAGGUCUGGUGAUAAGAACCAGACAAGAGCAAUAGCAAAAAUCAUGGUGACCAAAAAAAUCCGGACAGAGUAUAUGAAGAAAUUCAGGGAUCCAAAAUGGGAGACGUUUUCCAAAUGUUACGAGGACUCUGUGAAGUACCGUCUGACCCGGCGAGUGAUGGAGCACUCCCACAAGCCCUGGUUCUGGGAGGGCUGGGACAGCGGCUCUGACUCCAGCGGCUGGUCCACGCCAAGGCUGACCAGGAACAAAAUUGCUCCUCUGUCGCUGCCACCGCCGCCAUCCUUGGAGGUGAAACAGAUGUCCAGCCCUGGGCCGAUACCACCUCCAGAAGACGGAGAGGCUGAGGUGGGAGGUGGAGAAGCAGCAGUCGUAGACACUGCACCGACUUCAGCAGUUAUAGAAAACGGUGUGAACGAAGCCAGCGGUGGUUCGGUGGCUCCAAACACCAGCGGACCCUCAGAGGACACGGCGACAGACAAUGGUCCUGCUGACACAACGUCCUCGGAGGGAGAGCCAGUAAACCCCGCACCGAAACGACGACACCGCCGCCGCACCCCUCGGUCUGAGCCAGAACACCGGGACAGUUCCCACGACGAAAAACCGGCUGUCGUCCGCAAACCGCCGAGAGCGAAGAGCCAACCUCCGAUCAGCACCAAGGAGAACCGGAGAUCGUCCAGCCGACUGGACUGGACCGAGAGACAGACGGAGGUCAGGAGGACGCCCAAUGAUUGCAACACGUCCGACGCCUGCAUUCAGACCCGGCGGCAGUCCGAAAAACGCAGCUCCAACCUGGACCGUCGACGGGCUCGGUCGGCCGACCUGGAGAAGAUGAGUCGGUCGCAGCUGACGGUGGCGGACGAUCGCUGGAUGACUGAGUACAUGCGCUGCUUCUCCGCUCGGCUGAGGUAGAGACAGGACUCCCCCACCCCGACCCCUGAAAACCAUAUUUCCUUAUCUGAGAGCAAAUAUCAGAUGGUGGAACAGGUGUCGGCUGACAAACUGACAACGAGGUUGUGUCGUUACAGUCCAUGAACGUGCUUUUGAGAGUGAAUCACUGCUGUCGAGGAAAGAAAAACACCUAAAACUCUGUUGACUCUUAAGUUUAGAUGGUUGAAUAUUUGUAGACUUUGUGAUUUAAAUCUAAAGAUAUUCAGCAAACAUUUAACAAGAUGGGGUCCAUGGAUUAGGGUUCAGAAAUGAAAUUAAUCAGAUUAAAAUAUGAACUACAGCUCACAUCUGACCAUCAUUACACACUCACAGACAAAAUCUCUGCAUAACAGAUGGUCAAAAUGUCUCCUGACAGUGUUUUACUGCAGAAAUAUCUUUAAAGGGGACCUUUUAUGCUCAUUUCUGGGUUCAUACUUGUAUUUUGAGUUUCUACUAGAACAUGUUUACAUGCUUAAAUAGGCAAAAACACUUUAUAUGGCAUUCAAUUUAAAAAAAAAAGGCAGUGGGGUGCGCUUCGUGUUUUGCAGGUUGUGUUUCUGUAUGAUCAGGGCCUUAGUGUGUUAGGGCUGAUUAGUCGACUAAUCGAUGACUAAUCGACUAUUAAAUAAUCAGUGACUAUUCUAGUAGUCGACAAAACAGUUUGAGUCAUUUUUCAUAGAAAAGUACUAUAAAUGUACCCCAAAAUACUCUUAUUGCAGCUUCUUAUGUUCAAAUAUUGGCAGCUUUACACACUCUCCCAUGACGAUGAACUAAAACUCUUUGGCAUGAGUACGAAACAAGACAUUAGAUGACAUCAUUUUGGGGUUCUGGAGAGACAGACCAACGUUUUUUAACAUUUUAACACAUUUUUCGAUAAAAUGAUUCGGCGACUAAUCAAAGAAAUAAUCAACAGAUUAGUCGACAGUGAAAAUAAUUGUGUGUAUUAGGCCAAAAAUAUUGUCCGUAUGACAGAUUUAAAGCUCUGGGUCGCCCUGCACUCAAAGGAUCAACUUCUUCCUCAACACACACUGAUAUUUACAGAAGAAGUGAAAGAUCUCUGCGGCUGUGACUGGUUGUUCCUCAUCACAUGACAUGUGGUCUGCGCUGCUAUGUUCCAAAAGUUGAACUCUGUUUAUCUCAGAGCGCAGCCGUCGCAGCCUGAAAAUAGGUGCUCGGAACACGUGUGCGUUGCUCUGGCAUCUAAAUGCACCUGCUGCACGUCUACAUUGAAAACAAUGAACUUUAGGUUGCAAUAAAAAACAAACAGCAUGUGUACGGCCUCUGACACAUCUAGCCGACUGUCUGUCAGCGCAGUAAACUGAGGAGUAGAAAAAUUAACCUAUAGACAGAUGUUUGGAACCGAUAAAAAAUAUCCUCAGCGGCGGUUUAAUCGUUGAUAUCUUGACUCAACAGUGGAAAAAACAUUUGGAACUCGAGCAUUAUGUUCACAUACAUUUACCUCAUUAUUUGACACUUUGGCCAGGUUUAAUAUGAACAUCCAACAUUGUAAGAAAGCAUAAUAGGUCCCCUUUAAACAUCACGACGACCUACAGUGUUUAAACCUUUCUUCACUGAUAAAAAUGUAAUUUCAUUUCAAGUUAAUAUUUCCUCUCAAGAUACACUUAUACAUGGUUAUUUGCAGUAUUAUGCAUCAUUCAAAUGCCCAGGAGAUCCUUACUUGUCAUGUGUGAUCAGGCUGAAUGAAACCUGCCUCUAAAUCUGACUGUUAUCAUAUAGAACAAUUAUUAUUAAUGAGAAAUUUGAAAAAACUAACUCUUUUCUCCAUGAUUCAAAGGUGUAUUUAUUCACCCGACAGCAGUGACACAAACUGAACAGCAACAGUUUUGUUCUUCAGAUGUGACGGGCUGAAGUUUUAUUUUCUGUGGUUCUCUGUUCAUGUAGAAGCCGUUUGAUAAUGAGCAAACAUCAGAGAGAAUUAAAUCUUUCAAAGCUUUUAUAGAAAGUAAAUCACGGUCACGUCACUAUUUGAAUGUAUUUAAUUUCUGAGCAUGAAACUGCUGUGCUUUAUUUUAGCUGUUAAUCUCCUUUCAGACACAUUUAAUCGUUUUCAGUUCUCUUUCACAAAAGGCAGCUGUGUGUGUGUUUUUAACUCAAAGGCAGCAGAAAAGGACCAAACUGGAGUAUUUUUGAUAUUUGACUAUUUUGGAUCUCAAAUUUAGAUUAGAAUAUAAACGACAUAGAGACACAAGAUUUAUCAAAUAAAACUAUUAUUUAAAGUAUUUUCUGAGUAGAAACUAUAUUUAAUCUGUGCUACCUUUAUUAAAAUAACCUAAAAGUUUAGGUUUGUCAUUCAUUCACUGAGAUGCAGCUUCUGGUUUAAAAAUAAUGAGAAAUAAUCUGCGCAGCUAACAUGGUGCUUUUCUGUUAAAUGCAAAUGCUAAAACUUAAUUCUUUAAUUUACAUGUCGGACCAAUGAAUCAACACAGAUUCAAUAACGAGGGGAUUUUGGGGGUGAUUGUGCAAAAGUAAAGGUUUAACUUAAAGUUUAAAAGACUUUUUUGCUUUAGUAGAAGUUUUAAACAAUAACUUUGUGAAGAUAAUUAAAAUGCAACACUAUGAUAUUGUUAAUUUGUGUAGCUUAAGAAAACUGAAGCUUAUUUGCAUUGUCAGAAAUCCAUCUUCCAAAUCCUGCAAGUUUCUUUAGUGAAGGCAAACAGCCCUGUCUGGAAUCAAGAGUUCACACACUGUUGUGAAACAAACAUUAAUAUUCAGAGUUGUUAUAGAGCACUGUCUCAGGGUUAAAAUAUGAUGCAUUUAAUGAGUGUGGGAAUGUUUAAGGCCGUCAUCAACUAUCUAAAACAGUGAUACUCAACUUACAGCCCGGUCUCACUCCUAAGUCAUCGAAAUCCGGCACUGGGGCAGUGACUUUCAGCGUCAGAAACCAACGACGGCAUGAUACAUGGCCGCUUGCCAUUAUAGUUUAACGACAUCCGGCAGCGUCAGGGGGAAACGCGGUGGGACAAGGAACGUUAAGGAAGCAAAAGUCCAACAGGGACGGGCUGGAGGGGCAGUGGAUGUGUCCAACAAACACUGACUUUCACCCGAGAGAGCGGUGUUUGUGUCCAGUAAGAUUGUAAAGCCAAACCCUGUUCUUUGUUCCUAAACCUAACCACGUGUUUUUGUUCUGUACGUAGAGACUGUAUGUUAAAGUUAAAUUUCCUGUGAAACAGAAGUGUAUUUUGAAAACAGACAAUACAUGUAACAUGCUGAAUUUGACACGGUGUCCCAGAACGUCAAGAACCCACACACCCAGGGUACCUGGACGUGUAAAGUCCAUGACCAAACACCAAUAUGUGACGAGGUCGGAGUGAGACGGCUACUGCCAGAAGUUCAACACGGUGAACUCUGUGUGUGUGGCAGAGCAAAAUCUGUAUGCAUUCACAUGAGCGGCAACCCCUUCAUACCCCUACGGCCAUGUUCGAGACCGCUUCCCCUCUGCCGCCUUCCCCUCAUUGAAAUGAGUGGAGGCAGCGAGUUGCCACACGGUGGUGUGAAAGCAACUUAAGGUUCCAGAGUGCAUAAAAAAAGCAUCAAAAUACAGCUUGUUUAUCAAAUAAAGCACCAGGGGAGGACAGGCUGGACCCCAACAGAGCCCUCAAUGUCCUCAAAUCCUAGAAACACCCCUGCGUACAUUUGCAGGCUGCUGAUUGGCCCUCCACAUUUUGCAAAGUGGCCCCAGGGCAAAACAAGUUGAGUAUCCCUGAUCUAAAAUAAUCACCAGACAAGAUUCACUAGGAAAGACUUGGAAGACCACCACGUCAGCAACACUUUGAUUUCCCAUUUAAGUUUUUCUUGUUUCCAAUUCUAAUUCAAAAAAUAUAAAAUUUGUAUAGAAAUGAAUGUGCUUAAACAUCAGUGUCUAAUUUCCUAGAAAUAACUAUGUAAUUUGUAAAACAGUAAAUAGAUAACAAAUGAAUGUUUACUUGGGUUUAAAUGGAGCUUUAUAAACAUUAUUUACAGUGAAAUAAAUUUGAUCAUAUUUUUCUGAAAUCAGUUUCAGUUUUUAUCCAGCAUCGGGAAUAAAUGGGAACAAAGGGAAUGUUUCCAUCCAGUAUAUUUUACAUUUUCAUAGAGUUAACAUAUUUUAGCGCCUUGUUGCGUUUGACAUUUAGAUUUUAUCUGUUUCCAUUUAAUCCAUCUAAAAGAACUGUUUGAGAAUUUUCUGUUGCACCAGUUUUUCAGUUUGUCGGCUGUUUGAUGUCUAAAGAUUGUAAAUACAUGUCGAUGUCAUCGUCGCGUCCUGUGACUCAAACUGAGGGCUAAAGUUCAUGUACAUUUUGUGAGUAUACUUUUAAAACUGAAUGCAUAUAAAUUCACUGAGAAUGUUUAUCAAUUUUAACACCGGCUGAACCUCGUCACUCUGAAUGUGCAGAACUAGUUAUUUACUUUUAUUUGUUGUUAUUGUCACUCAUCAUACACAGAAGUUUGUUUGUUUUAAGGCUCAGUCUGAAACAACACAGUGCUUUUGACUUUAUUAAUGUUUAUGUUAAAAAUUCAAUCCUUUUGAAAAGAAAUUAGAACUCUUUACAUGAUUUUACACACAGUAAUUUGCCAAUUGGGGGGAAAUUUGAUCACAUUUUGUCAGUUUAAAUAUGUUAAAAUUUAACCUUUGGGAAAAAAAACACCUUUUUUGCUGCUGUUGUUUUUGGUUAAGUUUUAGUAGUUUAAGUUUUUUUUGCCCUGACAAGAAGAAAACUGAAUAUUUUACCCUAAAAACAGUCUAAAAAGAUUAAGAAAUAUAAAUAAAUCCACUGUAAAAAAAACAGUUCCUUUCCAUCUGAACAAGUAUGUGUCAAGUGUGUGAUGUUUCAAACUGAACAUGUGGACGUUUUCAUGUCUCCUUAUUCACUAUUUUUACUUUUGUUUUUAAACCUGAGAAGUGCUUGUGGCUUUAAUGUCUUCAGCAUGAACAAUCGGAGCUGUUUCUGUGUUUGAGACUCUUUAUUAAGCAUCAAUUCAGUUUCACUAAAAUAAGAUUUAACUUCCUGCAGUUUAAGUCAGAGCUGCAAAAUAUUUAAAGGACAAAGUCAGGUUUUUAUUUUAACUCCUUUAAAUCCAGUUUUCACCCUUUAUUUUUUACAUAUUUCCACGAGACACCCCAGAUGAAAAGAUUUUGUUAUGCACUGGUCAAUUUUAACUUUUUUUUUUUUUUACGCCCAUACCAGCUCUAGCUUUCAGACUAGCAUAAAGAAAACAUCCAAAAUACACAUUUAGGUGUUUAUUUUAGUUCAGAUUUCUGUUCUGAAAAUUUACGUGAAAAGCACAUUUUUUUAAUUAUUAUUAUUUAAUAUGCCUCAUUUGCAUAUUUAAACAUUUCAGAAAACUUUUAAUACAACAAAUAAUUGUUGUAGGUAAUCAGUGCUCUGGGGACAUUGUCACCCUGUUCACCUGUAGUUUUAUUGUUGGUCUAAAAAUGUUUGAAUUUUACGAUACAGAUCUUUAAAGGUUGUUUUCUCAAAUCUAGUUUUUCUCUCACACACACCAGAAAUCUCUAUUUCAGUAGCACGUACACACACCAAACUUCCCAGUUUUAUUCCCACCUACAUUCUGAAGGUUUUCACCAAGGUGUUUGGUUAUAUAUUAUUUAUGGCCUGAGUUAUAGAACAUUGUAUUCCUAAAAAUAUGGCAAAAAUUGUUUUUUUUAAUGGCUGUAGACAGUACUUUCUGAUUUAAGGAUUGAUAUAAAGAGAUAUCCAAACCCCCUCUGUAUAAAAGCUUUGACUCUAAUAUGACAGCAAAGUAAAAGAAGAAUUUUGAACCUGGUUUCAUCCAAUGAUCAGAUUUCUGUUCCUGCAAAUCAGCGCGUAUUCAAAAUGACAGUGCAUCAUUUGCAUUAUCAAACAUAAAACUUCAGAAAACUUGUGUGACCCUAUUCACCUGGGGUGUCUCCUCUAGGUAUUGAUAUCAUCUUAUUCCACAUCGGCUUCUUACAACCCAUCUUUUUAUUUCACUGGGCAAAAUAUUUUGUUCUUUAUGGCUGCAUCACAUAAAAUACUCAGAUGUCAUGCACAUAAUUUUCACAUAAAUUCAGCCCAACAUUUUGCUUUAAAAACAAAACAAAAAAACAACUGUUGCAGCUCAACUCGAAUUUAAAAUAAGCAGUUCAUUAAAAGUUAAAAUGUUUGACUGCACAGUGUUAAGUUAAGGUUUUCAGGAGCACUGAAGGGGUUAAACAACUGUGAUGAUAGCUUUAUGGAUGCAGUAUUUAAAUUGAGAAGUAUAUUUUAAGAUAGUGUCAGAUUUUCCAGAUUUAGAAGCAACUAUGAAGUGCAACAGGAGACAAAUAAAACGUGUGUUAUUUGGAAAAACUGAACGACACACUUCAGAAAAUUACUUAUGGUUUUUAAAUGUGAACACAGAUGAACUACUUCUGUGUAUGAAUAAAUAAGAUGACUGUUUCUUUAUAGUUCGGUUUCCAAAGAUUCCUGAUUUCAGAAGACGUCUCUCAGGUAGAAAGAAGCUGAAACUAAACAGAUUAAAAUGGUUUAAAUGGCUCUUUAUUUUAAGAUACUUUGUGGUGUGUUUUUCUUUAUGUUGUCCAACAAGUUGAUUUUUAAGAGUCAGAAUGUUUCAGACAAUCACAGGAAAAUAUUUUAACUGUUGUUGAGCAAAAAAAAUCUCAUACUUAAGCUAAAAUAUAAUGUACAUUAAAUGUGAGGAGUUUGUGGAAUGCACUGCUGGAGACAGUUUCAUUUGCUGGCUGUAUCUACUGAAGCUUUGAGUUAGUGUGGUUUAUUAUUAUUAUUAUGUUUGAAUAUUUAAUCAUAUUUUAUCUCUAACCACGUUUACAUUUUUGGUCACUGUAUUUGUAUUUGAAAACAUG